AUGCUGACGGAGGACUCGCCUGAUGUUUCGCUUGUCCCAGUUGGAGCCCGUGGAGGGCAGACAGAGUGCAUCUAUUUGGCGAGCACCACUGACUUUUUUUCCCCAAUCUCUCUGGACCCAUACAGCCAGGGUCGCAUUGCAUGUGCAAAUACCCUCUCAGAUCUAUACGCCAUUGGUGCUCAUCGUGUUGAUACAAUUCUUAUGAUCCUCUCGGUUUCAACAAGAAUGGAGGAAAGCCACCGGGACAUUGUGACUCGAAAGAUGAUUCAAGGUUUCAACGACGCCUGCAAAGAAGCUGGAACACGAGUCACUGGAGGUCAGACGGUAUUCAACCCUUGGCCCAUUAUAGGUGGAUGUGCCACCACCACCGUAACAGAGAGUGAUCUUGUUCGAGCUGACAACUUGCAAGUGGGUGAUGUUUUGGUUCUCACAAAGCCGUUGGGCUGUCAAGUUGCAGCGAAUCUUGCACUGUGGCUCGGCGAUCCAUUCAAGUGGCAGAAGGCAAGCAUGCUGAUUGACGUUGACACGGCAGUCCGCGCUGUCAAGAAAGCAGAAGCAGGGAUGAUGCGUUUGAAUCGCAUGGCGGCCAUGUUGAUGUCACGCUAUGGUGCCCAUGGGGCCACGGAUGUGACUGGUUUCGGUCUGAUGGGCCACGCUUCAAACUUAGCCGCAGUACAGAAAAGCUGCGUAGUGUUGGAGAUUGAGCUGCUGCCAAUCAUCAAAGGGCUGGCUGCUCUGGAAAGUGGUGUUGAUGCCAACUACCAAUUGACAAGGGGCUUCUCUGCUGAGACGUCUGGAGGGCUUCUUGUUGCGCUGCCAGGAAGAGCGGCGGCAGAGCAGUACAUCGCUGCGCUUCAGGCACCCGAGGCAGAUGGCCCAGACGCAGAAGCCUGGAUCGUUGGACAGGUGGUCGAAGGUGAGCGGACCGCACGGCUUAGUGAGAAUUGUACAGUUCUCGAGGUUUAG